AUGACCUCGUUACUAUCAGUAAACUCCAAUGGAGAUCAAGUUAAAUUAAACAAAAUGAGAAGAGACUCUACUGUCUUGGGUCCAAUGAAUAAGAUCUUAGUUGCCAAUCGUGGUGAGAUUCCAAUUAGAAUUUUCAGAACUGCUCAUGAAUUAUCCAUGCAAACUGUUGCUAUUUAUUCCCAUGAAGAUCGUUUAUCAAUGCAUAGAUUGAAAGCUGAUGAAUCGUAUGUAAUUGGUAAGAAAGGUCAAUUUUCUCCAGUUGGUGCUUAUUUGCAAAUUGAUGAAAUUAUUAAUAUCGCUAAACGUCAUAAUGUUAAUAUGAUUCAUCCUGGUUAUGGGUUUUUAAGUGAAAAUAGUGAAUUCGCUAGAAAAGUCGAAGAAGCUGGUAUUGCUUGGAUUGGUCCCACCCAUACUACCAUUGAUUCUGUCGGGGAUAAAGUUAGUGCUAGAACCUUGGCGAUCGAAAAUAAUGUUCCAGUGGUUCCUGGUACUCCUGGUCCAAUUGAAACCGUGGAAGAAGCAAGACAAUUUGUGGAACAAUACGGAUUCCCAGUCAUUAUCAAAGCAGCUUUUGGUGGUGGUGGCCGUGGUAUGAGAGUGGUUCGUGAAGGUGAUUCAAUUGAAGAUGCGUUCACUCGUGCAGUUUCCGAAGCUAAAACCUCUUUUGGUAAUGGUACUUGUUUUAUCGAAAGAUUCUUGGAUAGACCAAAACAUAUCGAAGUCCAAUUAUUGGCUGAUGGUUAUGGUAACGUUAUCCACUUAUUUGAACGUGAUUGUUCGGUUCAAAGAAGACAUCAAAAAGUGGUGGAAAUGGCUCCUGCCAAAUCUUUACCAAAAUCAGUUCGUGACUCAAUCUUAACUGAUGCAGUUAAAUUGGCUAAACUGGCUAAUUAUAGAAAUGCUGGUACUGCUGAAUUUUUGGUUGAUGAACAAAAUCGUCAUUAUUUCAUUGAAAUUAAUCCAAGAAUUCAAGUGGAACAUACCAUCACUGAAGAAAUUACCGGGGUUGAUAUCGUGGCUGCUCAAAUCCAAAUUGCCGCUGGUGCUUCUUUACAACAAUUAGGUUUAUUACAAGAUAAAAUUUCUACUCGUGGUUUUGCCAUUCAAUGUAGAAUUACUACCGAAGAUCCAGCUAAAGGUUUCCAACCCGAUACCGGUAAAAUCGAAGUUUACAGAUCUGCUGGUGGUAAUGGUGUUAGAUUAGAUGGUGGUAAUGGUUUUGCUGGUUCAAUCAUUAGUCCUCAUUAUGAUUCUAUGUUGGUUAAAUGUUCCUGUUCAGGUUCAACUUAUGAAAUCGCAAGAAGAAAAAUGUUACGUGCUUUAAUUGAAUUCAGAAUUAGAGGGGUUAAAACUAAUAUUCCUUUCUUAUUAGCCCUUUUAACUAAUGAAACUUUCAUUAAUGGUGAUUGUUGGACCACUUUUAUCGAUGAUACUCCUUCUCUUUUCCAAAUGAUCAGUUCUCAAAAUAGAGCUACUAAAUUAUUGAACUAUUUGGGUGAUUUGGUAGUUAAUGGUUCCUCUAUCAAAGGUCAAGUUGGUGAUCCUAAAUUGGAUACUGAAGCUUUAAUCCCUGAUUUACAUGAUCCAAAAACUGGUAUUAAAAUUGAUGUCAAUGAAUCUUCUUUGAUCCCUCGUGGUUGGAGACAAGUUUUGUUGGAAGAGGGUCCUGUUAAAUUUGCUCAAAAAGUUCGUCAUUUUAAAGGUACCUUAUUAACUGAUACCACUUGGAGAGACGCUCAUCAAUCCUUAUUAGCUACUAGAGUUCGUACCAUUGAUUUAUUGAAUAUCGCUCCAAGUACUGCUUUUGCUCUUAAUGGUGCUUUCUCUUUAGAAUGUUGGGGUGGUGCCACUUUUGAUGUUUGUAUGAGAUUCUUAUAUGAAGAUCCUUGGAUUAGAUUGCGUAAAUUACGUAAAUUGGUUCCAAAUAUUCCUUUCCAAAUGUUAUUAAGAGGUGCUAAUGGUGUUGCUUACUCUUCUUUACCUGACAAUGCUAUUGAUCAUUUUGUUAAGCAAGCUAAAGAUAACGGUGUUGAUAUCUUUAGAGUCUUCGAUGCUUUGAAUGAUUUAGAACAAUUGAAAGUUGGUAUUGAUGCUGUUAAAAAGGCUGGUGGUGUUGUUGAAUCUACCGUUUGUUAUUCUGGUGAUAUGUUACAACCAGGUAAAAAAUAUAACUUGGAAUACUACUUGAAUGUUGUUGAUGAAAUUGUUAAGAUGGGUACUCAUUUCUUAGGUAUUAAAGAUAUGGCUGGUACUUUAAAACCAAAAGCUGCUAAAAUUUUGAUUAGCUCAAUUAGAGAAAAAUAUCCAGAUUUACCAAUUCAUGUCCAUACUCAUGAUAGUGCUGGUACUGGUGUUGCUUCGAUGACUGCUUGCGCUAAAGCCGGUGCUGAUGUCGUUGAUGCCGCUUCCAAUUCAAUGUCUGGUAUGACCUCCCAACCUUCAAUUAGUGCCAUUUUGGCUUCUUUGGAAGGUGAAGUUGAAACUGGCUUAGAUGAAUCAUUAGUGAGAGAAUUAGAUAACUAUUGGGCUCAAAUGAGAUUAUUAUACUCUUGUUUCGAAGCUGAUUUGAAAGGUCCAGAUCCUGAAGUUUACCAACACGAAAUUCCUGGUGGUCAAUUAACUAAUUUAUUAUUCCAAGCUCAACAAUUAGGUUUGGGUGAAAAAUGGUUAUUAACCAAAGAAAAAUAUAAGAUUGCCAAUAAAUUGUUGGGUGAUGUUGUUAAAGUUACUCCAACUUCAAAAGUUGUUGGUGAUUUAGCUCAAUUCAUGGUUUCUAAUAACUUAACUGAAGAAGAUGUUACUAAAUUAGCUAGUGAAUUGGAUUUCCCAGGUUCUGUGUUAGAUUUUAUGGAAGGUUUAAUGGGUACUCCUUUCGGAGGUUUCCCAGAACCUUUAAGAACUAAUAUGUUGGGUAACAAACGUCCUAAAUUGAACAAGAGACCUGGUUUAACUUUAGAACCAACCAACUUUGAAUUAGUUAAACAAGAAUUAACUUCAAGAUAUGGUGAUAACUCGUCAAGUCAUCAUAAUGCUACCAUCGAAGACUGCGAUAUUGCCAGUUACAUCAUGUAUCCUAAAGUUUAUGAAGAUUUCCGUAAGGUUAUUGAUAAAUGGGGUGACUUAUCAGUUUUGCCAACCCGUCAUUUCCUCAAGGCUGCUAAAAUCAAUGAGGAAAUUGUUGUUGACAUUGAACAAGGUAAGACCUUGAUUAUCAAAUUAUUAGCCAUUGGUGAAAUUAGUCAACAAACUGGUACUCGUGAAGUUUUCUUUGAAUUGAAUGGUGAAAUGAGAUCAGUUACCAUUGAUGAUAAGACUGUUUCAAUUGAAACUAAGACUAGACCUAAGGCUCAACAACCAAAUGAUGUUGGUGCCCCAAUGGCUGGUGUUGUUAUCGAAACAAGAGUCAAACAAGGCCAAGAAGUUAAAAAGGGUGACCCUAUUGCUGUUUUAUCAGCAAUGAAAAUGGAAAUGGUUAUCAGUUCUCCAGUUGCCGGUAAAGUUGGUGAAGUUUUGAUCAAAGAAGGUGACUCAGUUGACGCAAGUGAUAUGAUCACCAGUAUUUUGAAAUGA